AUGUGUUGACGUUUGAUAGAGGCCACCACAUAUCAUCUAUCGACUAGCUCAAAUGUCAUGUCAAAUAUUUAAAUAAUAUGUUGUACACACUUUCUAGUUUUAUCAAAUGUGACGUCUGUUCAAAAGUAGAUGGACGCACAUAAAUGAGCGUCUUCCAGAGUUAAUUUGUGGUGGUGUUUACAAUACAAAAAGAAAAUUGGGUUUUUGUUGUUGUUGAUUAUUUUCAUUUUCAUGAUUCAAAAUCAUGUAUCGUAGUCAGUUGUUUGUAUUUGGCUCCAAGAGCAUUGGAUGGUUGUUGACGACAAAGAUGACGACGGUAUCAGGUAGCAAUCGAAGUACCUAUAAUUUGCAGAAAUUGCGCAAGUUUUCGACAUCAUCGUCCAAUCCAUUUGAACCGAAAAUAUGUGUGGUUGGAGCGGGGCCAGCCGGAUUUUAUGCAUCACAGCACAUUCUGAAAACAUUAUCCAGUGCACGAAUCGAUAUCAUCGAGAAAUUACCCGUUCCAUUUGGAUUGGUUAGAUUUGGCGUUGCGCCCGAUCAUCCCGAAGUAAAAAAUGUCAUAAAUACAUUCACCAAAGUUGCGGAGAAUUCACGUGUUCGCUUCAUUGGGAAUCUAUCGUUGGGCAAAGAUGUUUCGUUGCGAGACAUUCGUAAUGCAUACAACGUCGUCGUAUUGUGUUAUGGCGCUGAACAAGAUCGUAAAAUGGGAAUCAAUGAUGAAGAUAUGAAUGUGUUGUCGGCCAGAGAGUUCGUUGCAUGGUAUAAUGGGUUGCCGGAUUGUCAAGAACGUUAUGAGUUGAUAGAAAAUCAGUUGCAAAAUGCUGAAACAAUCACACUGAUUGGUCAAGGCAAUGUUGCUGUUGAUGUUGCUCGCAUUUUGUUAUCGCCAAUUGAUACUCUUAGCAAAACUGAUAUCACAAGUCGAGCAUUAUCAACGUUAUCCGAAUGCAAUAUUCGUAAUGUGCAUUUGGUUGGUCGACGUGGACCGCUUCAAGCCGCAUUCACGAUAAAAGAGCUCCGUGAAAUGUUAAAUCUAUCGAAUGUAUCAACCGUUUGGCGUAAAACUGACUUCAUUGGCAUCGAUGAUCAAACCGUAACCAAACUACCUCGCCCCAAAAAACGAAUCACCGAAUUAAUGCUGAAGAAUGUUCACGCAUCGCCUACGAAUCUCGCAUCGACCACCAAACAAUUUUCACCCAUAUUUUUCCGUAGUCCAAAGCAUGUGGAGAAUGCGGGCCGUGAAAAACGACUUGUGUUAACAGCAAACCGAUUGUCUGAUACGGAAGCAGUAAUACCGACAAACGAUAUCGAAACACUGGAUACAAACUUAAUACUAAGGAGCAUAGGUUAUAGAAGCGUAAAUGUUACGCACAGCGAUGAUUUGCUGAAUUUCGAUACUGGCAAAGGUUUGGUGUGCAACAAUCAAGGCAGAGUUCUUAAGUCAAUUGAUCGAAAUAGUGUUGCAUCGUCCAGUGGCAACGAUGAUGAUAAAUAUGAACGUGGACUAUAUGUCAGCGGGUGGUUAGGAACUGGACCCACUGGUGUGAUACUUACAACGAUGAACAACUCAUUCCUUGUUGCAAAAAAUAUUUGUGAAGACAUUCAAAGCGAACGCAUCGACUGUUCACCGAAGCCCGGUUUAGAUACCACCAAGUAUUCGGCAGCUAUAAGUUGGAAAGACUGGAUCAAAAUCGACAAAUACGAAACGGAAUUGGGUGCAUCAAGUGGAAAACCACGCGAAAAACUUUUGCACACUUCAGAAAUGCUGAAAAUUUUAAAAUAAUUUAUUUCCUCGCCCGAAGAAUGCUGUAACUUCUACAAUUACAACUAUUUUCUUGCGUAUGGUGGUAUACUUUGUAUCGCAUACACUCGAAAUGCCCUCACACAAAUCAUAAUUUUGUUUCUGUAAGAAAAAUAAUAAUAAUACUUAACACUUGCUAAGUUUCCAUGUGAAGUGAAAAAUAAAGCACAAUAAAAUUAA